GAAGUCUCGUCGUCCGAAAGCACUGUUCAGGAUGGUCUGCUUCAUCGCCUUCUACUCUGAGAAAUCGUGAGCGCCGAUGCUCCGUUAAAGGUUAAACUCAAAGAACCACGAGGUUAGAAAUAUCUUACAAAAUGUAUCAACAAACAGAGACGAUAAAGCGUUUUCACUCGAAACUUCAGUGGCAGCAAGUUCUUGCAAUGAGCACUUUUAUAGGCUUCACUCUAGCAGUGUGGUACAAUUUAUGGAAUACGGGAUCACGGGUACCAUUAGUGGGAACGGUGUCUUCAUCCCUGGUCCAUGAACAAAGAGGAGAAGGAGUGUAUAUGACCUUGAAACUGAAAUGCUUCUACUGCGACUCCCAAGACUUCGGUGAAGCAUGGGAAACUCUUACCCAGGACACUGCAUGUCAAGACAGUGUGUUUUCAACUUGUUUUGGGAAUCAGACACUCCCGGGCAGGCAAACAACGGAAGUUAUUGAUCUCAUAAGAAGCUGUGAACAGAAAUGCAAGUGCUCGGACGAGGAAGGUUGGUGCGUGACUCCGGAAUGCAAACGUCAGACGAAAUGCUGUUGGGGUCAGGUAUACUGUGAAGAAGACCAAUACUGAGACAAAUGCUCAAGCUUGCUUUAGGCGACCGUUUACGCGUUGCGGACCUAUUAUCACGCGCAAUGCUAGCCUAUUACUUUUCUCGCUAUU